UGAAAAUUGUAAUUGAGUUAUAUAGGUUAUAAAAUGUGUAAUUUAUAAUUUUUUUUUAAAUCUUACACACAUUUAAAUAUUAUUGAUAUAUAAUAACAAAUAACAAUGUUGUAUGAUGAUUUCAAACCUAUCGUUGAUCUUGUGUUAAACAAUUGGACUGCUUUGCAACUUGCUGUGGAACAUGGAAUGGGAGCUCCGGGUGGCGAAAAGACAGCUCAGUUGAUGGCAGUGUAUGUUGCUCGCUACUGUGUUGAGAAUAUUGUUGAUAGGCAUGAACUCACAGAACUUAUUGAGGAUCUGAUGGAUGAGGAGUUUGAUACCGUAUGCCAUGAUAAUUCACCUAGAGAAAUUGCAUCCCUAUUGCUAUUAUACCUUGGCAUGUUGAAGGAAGGUCGGUAUGAUGAACUGCGAAUGAGAAUUGAAGCGAUGCCCAAGUGUCAGAAAUGGCUGAGUCAACCAAUACAUGAAUCAGUACCUCCACAGUGUCAUGGAAACCCAGAUGAUGAUACUACAAGUAGUAGCGGUGAAGAAGAUGAACCCGAACCAGAAACAACAAGCAAUCAGAUCUUCCUUCAAGCCUCGACUUCCACCAUUGAUCAACCGCCAGAACCAAUGGAUGAAGAUUCAGAUGUCGACCCUGGCUGGACGGUUGUAAAGCCUAGAAAGAAAAAAUAAAGUUAUAUGUAAAUUUUAAAUUAUCCUAUAUUUAUUUAUUUUGUGUUAUAAUAUAAGCACUUACUGUAGUUGCGUAUUGCCGGAUGACUUUGUUUUCCGAGCUAAAAAUUCAUAUUAAUUUUCAGAUAUAUAAAAAGUAUAUGAAAUAUAUUUAGCUUUUGCGCUUCAUUUAUUUGGAGUAAUGCUAUUUUUUUUAUAUUAAAAAUUUCAUAGAAUUAUCCUUCAUUAAAUGUGUUAUAUUUAGAGUAUAAAAAAUUUUGGCCUUAAAAAAAUGUUUGAAAAAUUGUAAUUUAACUAUGU